AUGCUGAAGCAUUAUGUUCCACAGGUCUACAUAUUCUCCUUGUUUUGGUUCCAAUUCUUCAAUGGAUUUUCGGGCAGUGCACAUAUCAAUCAACUGGCACAGGUACUCUUCAAUGUCUCACUCACCAGUAUACCGCCCUUUGUGUUGGGUGCUUUGGACAACUCCUUGGAUGAUCGAACUCUCAUGGCCAAUCCCAAACUUUAUCGCAAUGGACGGGACUCGAUGACCUACAGACCGUGGCACUUUUGGCUCAACACUUUGGAUGCAAUGUGGCAAUCUCUGGUGAUUUUCUUUAUCCCUUAUCUCGUUUUCAACGGUACCAAUGCUAGUAUGGAUGAACUCGGUACAACUUGCAUGAAUGCUCUGGUAUUCAUCGCCCUGGUUCAUAUCGCUCUGGAAACAAAGUGUUUUAAUUUCCUUGGUGAACAGGAGGUAGAUCCUGAAUGUCGCUGA